AACAACUUAUUGACUCACCAAUUGUACGUCCAAUUCAAGAUACCAUUAAUCUCGAUAGAAAAAUUUCCAAACUUUAUUCGACAAUAAUACCGAACAAAAUCUUGCAAUCAGUUGAUUUUUUUUAUCAUAAAUUGAGAAUUGGUAUAGUUAUUGGAUUCUGUAUUGGAUUUUGUGCUAUUCCUAUAACUCUUAUUUGUUUUUUCAUUGAACCACCUUUUGAUAAGGCUAUUAAACAAUUAAAACAAUUAUCUUCUCAAUGGGCAAUACAUCGAAGGGAAUUUGGUGAACAUUCUUUGCUCCGUGGUGCUACUUUUUUGCCUAAAAGUGGCAAUGUUG